AUGGCCUCCGGAGAGGAGUCGGCAUCCCCGCGGUCGCGGCCCUUCCUGACGCAGCUGCAGCGGGAGGCGCUGGACGCCGCGCUGGCGGAGAAGCAAGACAAGGCCAAGCUGCACAAGGAGGAGCACCGGUGGAUGGCGACGCACCGGCGCAACCGGAGCAAGGACUUCGUCGGGGACCGGAAGUCCCGGAUGGCCAAGGGGAGCGGGGCGCCGAAGAAGGGCGGGGGCGGUGGGAAAUACACGUGGGGCACCUGGGGAGUGGGCGAGGGGGCCGAGCGCGCCGCCGUGGACAAGAACGAUCCCAACUACAACUCCGAGGAGGACAGGAAGGUGGUGUUCAAAGUCAGCACGGAGAUCAAGGAGGAGGUGGAGAAGUACAAGCAGAGGGUGGCCGGUAUCAUCAAUGAGUACUUUGACAACAAUGACAUCAGUGAGACUGCCAACCUGCUGUACGACCUGGACCUACCCCACUUUGCGCAGUACUUUGUCAAGAAGGCGAUCGUGAUGGCCCUUGACAGGCGCGACAGGGAGCGUGAGAUGGUGUCUGUGCUGCUGUCUUCCCUCUACAACGAGGUGGUGUACCCUGACCAAAUGCGCAAAGGGUUCUUGAGCGUUGUGGAGUCAGUGGAUGACCUCAAGCUGGAUGUGCCUGAAGCUGUCGACCUUGUUUCACUGUUUGUCGCACGGGCCAUUGUGGAUGAUAUCAUCCCUCCAGCUAUUGUCUCCAAGGCAAUCGCUCCAGAGGGCAGUGCCAUGGAGGCUCUGCUCCAGCAGGUGGAGGUCCAUCUGGCUGCGAGGCACUGCACUGAGAAGUUGCUCAGAUGUUGGGGUGGAGCUGCUGGCCUCAACUAUCAGGACACAAAGGACAGCAUCGUCAAGAUGUUGUUCGAGUACACUAGCAGCCAUGACAUCGACGAGGCCCGGCGCUGCCUGUGGAACCUAGGGGUCAAAUUCUUCCACCACGAGUUUGUGAAGCAGGCGAUCCAUAUGGCCAUGGAGACGAAGAUGCACAGGGGUGCCUUCAUUGACCUUCUGUCUGCUCUGCACGGUGAUGGCGAGCUGAGCGAUGUUCAGGUGCAGAAGGGCAUAUCGCGUGUCGCAACUCGCCUGGACGACACGGUGCUGGACAAUCCAUCCGCCAAGGAACAAUUUGCAGAGGUGGUGGAAGCGGCCAGGGCUGGGGGCCUCAUCAAGGCGUCUCUCGAGGAGAUUCUGACGGAGGCGAAUGCAGAGCGCAAUGCUGGCCACCCGCACCCCUACUCCAUCGGCGAGUUCAAGAAGGUGGCCAAGGACACUGUCCGGGAGUACUUUGGGUCGUCUGAUGUGGACGAGGUUGCCACUCGCCUGCUGGAACUGGAGGAGCCAGGGCUGCACCACAUUUUUGUGAAACACGCAGUGCAGUUGGCGAUGGACGGGAAGGACAGAGAGAGGGAGAUGGUGUGUGUGCUGUUGAGCGCACUCUACCCACAGGUUCUCACAGGUGACCAGCUUGGCCAGGGAUUCACUCGCCUCCUGGCCUCUGCGGAAGACCUUGUGCUGGACAACCCCGAUGCAGCCCACCUCCUGUCCCUCUUCACGGGCAGGAUCAUCAUCGACGAGGUGCUGCCGCCCUCUUUCCUCACCACUGUGCUUGGGGUGCUCCCAGACAAGUGUCUGGGAAUACAGAUCGUGCAGUCCACAGGCUCGAUGCUCAGCGCCCGGCAUGCCUCAGAACGCCUCCUGAACUGCUUCCAUGGGGGUGCAAAGGACGUUGAGCAGAUCCGCAGUGACAUCAUGACGAUGUUGCGGGAGUACAUGCUGAGCAAGGACAUCAAGGAGGUGUCUCGCUGCCUGCAUGACCUGUCGGUGCCCUUCUAUCACCACGAGCUUGUGCGCCGUGCCCUGGAGAUGGCACUGGAGAGCGACAUGGCAGUGGAAGCGGUGAGCAAGAUGCUCGAAUACUUUGCUGACAGCGGGGAGAUCAACGAGACCCAAAUGAAGAAGGGCUUCGAUCGUGUGGCAGGCAUGCUGGAUGACCUGGCGUUGGACUACCCGCAGGGCAAGGAACGUUUUGCCACCAUCAAGGCCAAAGCGGACGAAGGCAAGUGGCUGGAGGCCGCCCCCAAGGCGGAGGCCUGA